AUGGCCGACUCUGACGCUUUGUUGAGUGAUCUGUGCUCAAUAUGCCAUGUUAAUCCCCCGAAAUACCGAUGCCCUCGCUGCUCAACGCGCACCUGCUCUCUUCCCUGUACACGACGUCACAAACUCUGGUCGCAAUGUUCCGGCGUACGUGAUCCAGCUGCCUAUCUAAAGCGCAGCGAGUUAGCCACAGAAUCUGCGUUCGACCGCGACUUCAAUUUUAUCACGGGCAUUGAGCGCAACCUCGAGCGAGCGGAUAGAGAUGCCGAUAUUCGCGGUAUCGACCUUUCGCGUGGUAUCCAGGGCGAUGAUCCCGGCGAUGGCUCUCAUGAUCUGAAUGAUGGACGUAAGAGGAAACACCCGCGUCAGGGCCUUGUCAAAGGAGAAGCUGGUUUCUUGCGCGCUGCCGAGGCUGGAGGUGUCAAUGUCAUCCGGGCUCCGAAGGGAAUGUCGCGCAGUAAGCAAAACGGGUCGCGGUUACAUCCUAAACAUAAAUGUCUUGCGUGGACCGUGGAGUGGAUUGCAGGUGAUGGAGUGAAAACUAUUCGGAAUGCCAUUGUCGAUACAUGUUCUAUCUCCGAGGCUUAUGACCGUUCCAUUCCACGUUCGAAGGACCAAAAUACUUCCGAAUCAGUCAAGGAAGAUAGAGAAGGACAAAAGAACUUGGAUUCUCUGAAUAAUACCAAAGAAAGCGGAGCUACGGACACACCCAGUGAGCCCGCCACGGCAGCAGUCGAACCGGAAGAUACAAAAACACACCAAGCUUCGGUUCCUAGAUCAACAGAGGCACCUGCAGAUACAGUUUCCGACGUGGUAGAGCAGCCACUUAAACACAGCACUACUCACCGCGAACUCUACUUCUAUCUCCACCGUCCACGAACCACCACCAAAAAACAAGUUCUAGCUCCAUUAUCGCCAUCCUCAACUUUGAAUGAAGUCCUCCGUGGCCGAACGGUUCUCGAGUUUCCUACGAUAUAUGCCCUCCCAGACUCUCCAAAGACACUUGCAGGACAAGAUACGUCUCCAUUCAUUUUGGAAGAAGAGUAUCUCCGAACUUCGGGACCAGAAGAGAUCGGCCAAUCCACCGCAAGUGACGAGGAUGAUGUAGCUGGAAAUGUGACCUUGCCUGGCUCCGCUGUGAAUUUGCAAGAUGUCGACGAAAAGCAAGUGCUAGAGGUCUUGAAGCAGGAUCUGUUUGAGGAAGUCCCGGUAACUCGUCCCCCAGAAACCACGUUCACCACUGGGCACUUCCCCGGCCAUCCUUUAGUGCCUCUCACUCUACUACGUCUUUCGCAUCUUAUUCUUCAGCUCACCAUGCAAAUCAACAUAUUAAGACUGGCGGCUGUGCUUUGUCUCGGGACACUUGCCUCGUCUACUAUACAACCAACUGCCACAACACAACCGCAGUUGGCUUCCAAGGAACGUUCACGAGGGUGCGAUUGCUUCACUGUCUCUGGUCCUGAUCCUGGAUACUUCCAGCACUACAAACUCUGGGACUUUCGAACAGUCGAUUUAAGCAAGCAUGCCCAUCUCAACCUCACAGAUUCUCUUUCAGGUGGUGAAAGGGACUGGGAUGAUGAUGACGAAGGCGAUGAGGAAGGGCAGAACAUAGCCUAUACCACGGCUCCACCUUACGGCAAGAAGAAGUCCGACCCUAGCUCCCUGGUCUUCUUCAAAACCGCCUUCGAGCGAGAUUGGAGCAGUCAAGACUGGGAACGCCAGCGCUCCCCCAAAGCCCCAGUUUACAUGGUCAACUCGAAACACAACGUCUUUCUCACUAAGGAUUCUGAGCGGGACGAUCCUCAUGCAACUUACCUUGUUCUGCGCACCACCCGCCAUGAUAACUACACAUCCACGGCAGAGAUUGAAACUCGCGUCCAUAACAUCUACCGUUGUUCGCUUCGUGUCCGACUGCGCUUCUUGCCGGCAAACUUCAUCGUAUCCCAGCCACCACAGCCGAGAGAAUGGCCACCGCGGGAUCCACUGAAACACGCCAUCGCGCCUUUGAACAACCGGACUACAAUGGGCAACCGGACAGUUCCGUUCCAUGAGGGAAGCCCACCCCCAGGCGCAUGCGCCGGCAUAUUCACCUACCACGAUCGUCAUUCUGAAUCAGAUAUUGAAAUUCUGACACGAGACCCAACACAUCGUGUGCGCUAUGCCAAUCAGCCAGACUACGACCCUGUCACUGAUCGGCAAAUCCCUGGGGCAAGCACGGUAGCGGAUCUCCCCAUCCCAUGGACAUCAUGGGCUACGCAUCGCCUGGACUGGCUUGCGGACAUGUCACGAUGGUUCGUGAACGACCAGAUACAAGAUGCCAAGUCCUAUCGAGUCCCUGAGCUGGAAAGCAUGGUUGUGCUCAAUCUUUGGAGUGAUGGCGGGGCGUGGACUGGCGACAUCAAAAUCGGCGAAAGUAUAUACAUGGGCAUUGAAUAUAUCGAACUGGUCUACAAUCGUUCUUCCGAUGCCACCGGCCGGAAUGCCUCUUCUCAGCAUCAUGAUGACCAGCAAAGAUUUCCUUUCGCAAAUACUUCCAUCAUGGACAAUGAUUCGAGCCCCGGGAAUUCUUCUGAUGAAAAGCAUGCUUGUCCCCCAGGAAGACGGGGCCGCACAGAUCGUGCAACAUCGAUGAAAUUGAACCUUGGCAUGCUGGGUAACCAUUGUGCUAUCAGUCGUUUUGGACAUUAUUAUCUCCUCUUGGAGGAUGUUGAGCACCGGUGGGGAUUGGCGACAUAG